GCUGUCGUUCCGACGGCUACAAUCAGUCGUCUAUUAUACAAGAAAUGAAAGCUGCUGUUCACGCACUAAUCUAGUUAUAACACAUAAAUGUGUCUUUGUGUUAUUACGGAUAUUUCAUUUAGAAAAAAAUUCCAGCUCUACUACAUUAAACGAAGGCGAGCUUGCGAGCUAGCUUGGUAAAAGGAAGCAGCCAUGCCGUCCUACUCUGAGAUGAGAAAAACCAACCACUUCUACUACUUCAUCAAAUUCACCCUCAAUAUCUACUCUAUGAUCUUCUCGCUGAUGGGUCUCUGUGUGCUUUGUGUGGGAGUGUAUGCGGAAGUGGAAAGGCAGAAGAAUCGAACCCUGGAGGGUUUGUUUCUGGCUCCUGCUGUGGUGCUCAUCCUGCUGGGGCUGGUCAUGUUCACCGUGUCCGUAGUGGGAAUGGUUGGAUCCUUGAGGGACAACAAGACCCUGCUCCACAUGUUCCUGUGUGUUCUGUGCGUGUUGCUGCUUCUGCAGGCCGUAGCUCUCGUCCUGUCGCUCAUCUUCGCAAAUAAGACGUCUGCCUUGUUCCAGAGCAGUAUACGAGAAGGAAUAAAGCACUACUACGAUGAUCUUGACUUCAAAAACAUCUUAGACUAUGUACAGCAAAAGUUUUCCUGUUGUGGGGGAGAUGAGUAUAAGGACUGGGGAGUCAACCAGUACCAUUUCUGCAAUGGCACGGGCCCUCUGGCCUGUGGGGUUCCUUACACCUGCUGUAUUCGACACAAGGUGGGAGAGGUCAUCAACACCCUUUGUGGCUACAAAACUCUGAAUGAUCAGCGUGAAGACCUGCAAGAGAAGAUCCACGUGCGAGGCUGCAUCCAUGCAGUCAACCUCUGGAUGAAUGACAACAUUGGAAUAACCAUCGCACUCUGCUGCGCCAUCGGCCUGCCGCAGCUGCUGGGCAUCAUGCUCAGCUGCAUCUUCUGGAACCUGCUGGUGGACAUGAGCGAGUCCGUCGACAUGGUGGACUUCAAGCUGAAGAAGUCCGACUUUGAGUACAGCGAGCUGGACCUGGCCGGCGCCGGCUGGUGCAUGUGCCUGCCCCGGGACGGUGGCUACCUGCCUGUGCCCGUCGCCGAGCCCGAACUGGAUCCCAUUGACGUUCACCUGCAGAAGCUGAAGAAGCAGCCGCCCCGCACUCACGCUCAGCUGCGGGAGUUGCAGCAGUCCAGAUCCGCCAGCGGGCUGGACGAGGUCGACGUCGGUCGGAAGCUGAAAAGGGACCACUAAAGGGUUUGUUUUUUGCCUGGUUUUGCCUUUUUUUUAGUUUUUUUUUUUUUUGCCUUUUUUCCUGUCUUUGUAACUUUGUUUGGUAUGUUGUGUUGCACUACAUCACGGUGGAACAGUGGUCAUUGUAUCGGGAAGGAUUUGGUGACCAAAAGGGAUCACAUAUACUUUGGCACUUUGAAUUUGUUUACAACUAAAUUAAAACAGAAAAAUGUGACAUUGGCUUUUCUUUAGGAAAAAAAAACUCUUUGUCUUGUUUGUGUUUUUAUUUUUUUAGCCUUGAUUGAGCCAUGUCUCAUAUGCUAAAGCUUACCUCAGGCUAUUUUAAACAUAGCCCAGUAAACAGAGGACGGUACUCUUUGGUCGUAUAGAUAACGGUGGUUUGAAAAGAUGUUUUUUCAUUGUUUGGAAAUUAGAACUAGCCAAGUACGUCUUGCGUGUAGCAUCUGUAACAGAUGUAUACAAGUUGUCAUAUCUGUUUUUUUAUGAUUUUGUGUAAUCACUAUACAUUGUAAGAGUGAUAGUUGUUGAAUCAUUUGGGAUGCAUGUUUUGUACUCUAUAUGAAGUAAAUUUAAAGAGGGAAAAAAAAACUGUUGACUUGUUAGGCUGUCAUCAAGAAGCUAUUCCAUUUCAAUAAUCUUUUUAUUCAUUCCAUCUUUUCAAAAAAAAAUAACUACAGACUAUAAACCGUGUAAAAGACAACUGACAGUUUUGUAUGAGUUCUGCUUUGUUUUGAGCGAACUCCUGCCUUGUGUCAGCACAGCUGUUCUUGUCAAUAAAACUGAAUUUGUCUACUUU